AAAAAAAAAACCAGAUUUAAAUCCAAAAGGUAGAAAUUAAACCACAACGGAAAGGCUUCUUACUGUGUAUUAUAAAUACACGGAAUGAUGAAUACAUGCCAGUUCAUGUUUCUGCGACUCUUAUUUAUCUCUCUCGGUCAUUUUCUCGAACACUGACAGCUCUCAGAUCUCUCUUCGAAAUUAUGAGGCUCCAAGCUAGCGAAAGCUCCAUAUAAUGCUUCUCCGCUUUAGUUUUGUUCUCUGAUUGAGUUGUUUCUGGUGGUGAAAGUUUGAUCUGAUUUGGAGAUGGACGGCAGCGAUGAGACGGCGCGAUUGGGGGCUUUGAACGUGAAGCCGGAUCGGAACGGCUUUGAUUCGGCCCCCGACGUCUCCGUUUCAUCGCCGGUCACGAGACAGAAAUCUGCUGCCGCAAAACAGUUUAUAGAGAAUCAUUACAAGAAUUAUUUGCAAGGAUUGCACGAGCGUAAAGAGAGGCGGCGAGCACUUGAAAGGAAAGUGCAGGAAGCUCAGAUAUCUAGUGAGGAACAAGAAGUUAUGCUGAGGAAUUUAGAGCGCAGAGAAACUGAGUAUAUGAGGUUCCAAAGACGUAAAGUUGGAAUUGAUGACUUUGAACAGUUGACAAUCAUUGGUAAAGGAGCAUUUGGUGAGGUUAGAUUAUGUCGUGCUAGGGGUACAGGAGAGAUUUUUGCCAUGAAGAAGUUGAAGAAAUCAGAGAUGCUUAGCCGUGGGCAGGUUGAGCAUGUCCGUUCUGAGAGGAACUUACUAGCAGAAGUUGAUAGUCGAUGCAUUGUUAAACUUUUCUACUCUUUUCAAGAUUCUGAUUUUCUAUACCUUAUCAUGGAGUACUUACCUGGUGGGGACAUUAUGACAUUAUUGAUGAGAGAAGACAUUCUUUCUGAAGAUGUUGCUCGUUUUUACAUAGCAGAGAGCAUUCUAGCAAUCCAUUCAAUUCAUCAGCACAGUUAUAUACACAGGGACAUAAAACCAGAUAACCUCAUACUGGAUAAGAAUGGCCAUUUAAAGCUCUCGGAUUUUGGGUUGUGUAAGCCCCUGGAUGACAAGUAUUCAACAAUUUUCCUGGACAAUGAAGACAUUACUACCCUGGAAUCGACAGUUGAAUUUGAAGGACAAGCUGGAAGUGAUAGAGCCCCUUGGAUGAUGCCAAAAGAGCAGCUACAGCAAUGGAAACGUAAUCGCCGUGCAUUGGCUUAUUCCACUGUUGGGACUCUUGAUUAUAUGGCACCUGAAGUAUUGCUAAAAAAGGGGUAUGGAAUGGAGUGUGAUUGGUGGUCUCUCGGGGCAAUUGUGUAUGAGAUGCUCAUUGGCUAUCCUCCAUUCUGUUCUGAUGAUCCAAGAAUCACCUGCCGCAAGAUAGUCAAUUGGAGAACCUGCUUGAAAUUUCCAGAUGAACUAAAAAUAUCAGCUGAAGCUAAGGAUCUAAUUUGCCACCUUCUCUGUGAUGUUGAGACAAGGCUGGGCACCAGAGGAGUUGACGAAUUAAAGGCACAUCCAUGGCUCAGAAGUAUUCAAUGGGACAAGCUGUAUGAAAUGGAAGCUGCAUAUAAGCCUAAAGUCAGUGGAGACUUAGACACACAGAAUUUUGAGAAGUUUCCUGAUGUGGAAGGUCCACCAUCCACAGCACCAACAGUGGGACCUUGGAGGAAGAUGUUGACAUCAAAAGAUACCAAUUUCAUAGGAUACACUUUUAAGAAAUCAGACAUCUUCAACUCACUGGAAAGUACAGGUACAGACAUGAGAUCAAAUGGACCUUCAAAGGCGCCAUCUUUAAUUUCAUUGCUAGGUCGGAUUGACCUCCAAGAACCUGUGAUAUCAGAAGGUGAGCAGAAACUGGAUUUAGCACUUCCACUGGAGUAGGUUUUCCUCGUCUGUUCGCUGCAACAAUCUGCCACCAAAGAAUUAUACAAAACUGGAUUCUAGAUUAAUUUUUUGUCCGACGAGAUGGAUAAGGUGAGAUUAAGAGUUGCUGUGGCCUGCAUUCUUUGUUUCUUCUCCGAAAAUAGAUGUACGUGUGACAAUUUUAAAGCCAAAAAUAUACCCGAAUUUGUAUCUUGACAGAAUUUUUCUUCACUCUACAUAGUGUUCCAGUUUCAGGAAUCGAAAAUUGUGUUCGAGCUACACAAUUCCUUAUCCUGUGUAUUUUUCAUAUUAAAAGGAAAUCCGCUAGGCAAUUUUGUUUGUUAAA